AUGGACGUCGAAAGACUAAUUAACAAUGUGCGUGAACGCCCCGUAUUGUGGGACCAGAAAAAUAAAUAUUACCACAAUAGGGAUUUUGUUCGUCAAGCAUGGAAUGAAAUAGCUGAAGUUUGUAGAACAGACAGCGAGGUACUGAAGAAUAAAUGGAAGAACCUACGUGACACUUUCCGUUCUGAACUCAAGAAAACUCGUGCUGAACGUUCAGGAGACGAAGGUGGCAUGCCAUCCAAUUGGCCGUGGUACGAGCUAAUGACCUUCCUGACUGACAUAAUGACGACACCCGAAGACAAAGACUAA